CUCAUAAUAGCCUCGAGACAGGGAGACAAUAGAGGACAUGCCACAAAUACAAGCCUUUGAUUAUCAGUUAAAAGUUGUUCCAUAUAUUGGUAUUUUCCCCUUAAAUCUAUAAUUGUACAAAAACACAUCUUUGCCUUUUGAUCAAAUCUAGGAUCUGACGAAAACAAACCUAGAAUUUGUUGAUCAGCGUGGGAGCAAACAUUUCUUUGGAGCUGUUGCUAUUCUACCACUUCUAUACCUGAAGAGAGGGACAAAGUAAUACAAAUUACCUUCUUCUAAAGCAAAAUUUGGUGACAAACAUAACAAGACACAAUGGCCCCCUCUGGUGGGCCAAGGCUUUCGGGGUUGCAGAAACAAGUUCUUAGCCUAUACAGAGGAUUCUUGAGAGCAGCUCGUUUAAAAUCUGCUGAAGAUCGACGCAGAAUCGAAUCAACGGUCUCUGCCGAGUUCCGCCGCAAUGCCAAACAAAUAGAUCACAAAAAUUUCCUUCACAUCGAGUACUUGCUUCGUCGUGGUAAAAAGCAGCUUGAUCAGCUCAGGAGUCCUGAUACCAUUGGUUUGUCAUCGAUCAAUGUCACUUUGUCUCAAACACAACGUGCUGAACCUUGAAACAUGGUGGGAGUGAAAGUUGGACCAUCAUUCGAGUAGAGCUGGGUAAGAAGUGAUCACUUUUUUCCGUAGGGAAAUAAAAAAGAAAGCUUGAAACAAGAAAAUGAGAGCUCGUUCUCAUUUUUCCAAGCACAAAUUACAUUUUUUUUUUAAUUGGAUCUUCUAGGAAAAUAAUAAACCAACCAAAAUCCUUAAUAAAGUGCAUUGUUUGUUA